AUGACCGAUUGGCAGUUAGAAUGUACGGAGCUGAAACAAAGAGGUGCAUAUCUUUUGCAAUCUGGUCAAUGGUCAGACUGUACAUUUUUAGUCGGCACAGAACCCCAUCAAGUGGUUAUUGCUGGCCACAAAUUAAUUUUGGCGAUGUCUUCUCCCGUCUUUGAAGCUAUGUUUUAUGGUGGUAUGGCAGAGAGGAAUGAUCCAAUACCUAUUUUGGACGUGCAAAUUGAUGCCUUCAAAGCGCUUUUGGAAUAUAUGUACACUGGAAAUAUCAACAUAAGUUCUUUUGACAAAGCAUGUGAACUUUGUUAUGGAGCUAAAAAAUACAUGCUGCCGCAUCUUGUUAAGGAGUGUACAAGGUACCUUUGGUCAGAUCUAUAUCCAAAAAAUGCAUGCAGAGCAUAUGAGUUUGCAAGGUUGUUUGAAGAAAAUGUUCUCAUGGAAAAGUGCAUCCAGAUAAUUAGUACAAAUACCAAAGAGGUUUUAAAUGACAGUAGUUUUGAAGAUGUGGAACUGAAUACAGUGAUUACAGUAUUCUCCCUUGAUCAUCUCAAUGUGGACAGUGAGCUAGAUUUAUUUGAAGCAGCUGUGAGGUAUGCCAAAGCUUUGGAUAAGAGAGCAUCAGAAAGAAGUGUCAGCCCACCUACAGAGGUUGUUGAGAGACAGAAGAGUCCAGCACCUUCUACUUCAAAUGAUCAAAAUGCUAGUGCUGUAUCAAUUGAACAAAAAGUAGUAAAUGUGGACAGUAGUGCCGAAAACAGCCCUGAAGCAGUUACUGAGCCAUGCAGAAGUAAUGAACCUGAGCAAAAUGAAGCUGCCACUGAUGCAGUUCCCCAACCAGAGGAAGCAAAAAAAACAAAAGAUGACAAAGGAAAACCAACAGUACGCAGUGCAAUAGAGAAGAUUCGUUUUCUCACAUUAACCCCACAGCAAUUUGCUGAAGGGCCGGCCCGUUCGUCACUGCUGACAGAGUCUGAAGCCUUUGCAGUACUUAUGAAUAUCCUUUCAAGCAAUUCCGAUGUGCCUAUGCCCAGAGGAUUUUCUACUUGUAGAGUACCAAGGAAACAGCUGAUUGGUGGUGGACCUUCUUGUAAUAUGCCAACAUUUACAGUGGACACCCCCAGCCCUGUGUCAGUGGAGCAAGUAUGGCAAAUCAACCCCAAUCCAGUGUCGCACCCUUGCAAUAUAUAUCAACGACCGCCGCGUCACGACGGUGUCCGUCUAUCGUCAAUGGUACACAACCAGUCACACUCCGGUUUGGGUAUGGUCGAGCAGAUGGAGAGGCACAACUCGGACCUCAACAAGAUAUACUGCCAGCGCCCUAUUAUCCAUCAUACUGACUGUAUGAACACAAGUGUUCUAGAUUGUUCUGUUACAUUUAUGGUUGACAAGAAUAUUUGCCUCUGGGGAGUACAGGUGCCCACACAAGCGCCUAGUGAGGAAGCGGGGGGAAGUUCAGCGGGGACGUUGGUGGGGGCAGCGGGUAACACCAGCGGCUACUGCGAGCUACUGUACGCGCACCUGCUGGAUGCUGACGGUGCCCGCCUCACCUACACGCACUACCCCAGCAGAGUGCCCUACCGGCAUCUGCUCGACAUCAUGUUCAACCGCCCUGUCUAUAUACAGAGAAAUAAGGUGUACAAAGUGGGCAUCGUGUUUAACAAAGUGGGAUGGUACCCAAUGGGCCGUUGUGCCCAGCAAGUGGCCGCUGAGUCGGUCUUCUUCAACUUCGGUAUCGGUCAGAGCAGUGAUUCGGUGCGCGACGGACUCAUACGAUCAAUUAUAUUCACAUACUAA